AUGCUCCUGAGUCUGCCAUGCACUACGAUCCAAGAGGUAGGCACCUUGCUAUUAAAAAAGGGCCAAGGAGAGGCCUCAUUUAAAAUUGAAACUGCGGUCAAAAGACUUUCGACUUUUCCCUCGCGUCCCGUCAAAAUGGAGCUCGAGAAUGAAACUGAUAUAAAUCCAAAUCUGUUGCAGACUGGGAUGGUUAGCAAAAAAAUAUCGGUCUACCAUUGGGAUGCGGUAGGCUCUUUACACAACAUUGUACUUGUCCAGCCCUGAGGGCAUUUUGUUUAUGACAGACACACGUCUGGAUCAAUUUACUUGUUUCUGAGUGAACUCUAACGUAACUUAGGUAAUAAAAUAAGACGGGGUGAGCUCCAGCAUCUGAACGCCGAGGAAAUAGGAUGAGCAAACAAACGGAAAAACUGGCCUUUCCAAUAGAUGCCACCUUUUCUCUUCCAACUCGACCCAAAUUAGUAGUGACACCAGCUGUAAAGUGCUUUAUUUAAUAUUUCCAAGAAUUUUUUUGAAGAAAUAGAGGUGCUGGUGCAUACAAAAUUUGUAUUUAAUGGCCACGGGACUUGUUAUUACUUAUUUUCAUUUUUCAGAUGCCGACGGUGCUACUCAAUCUGAUACUUCCGGGACCUAAAACCUAUUCAGGGGAGUUCCUAGAAGCUAAAGUUUGCUUGGAUUCGGCUGAUCCUUGUACUACAAUAACAGAGUUUUACGCAGAAGUACGUGGAAGAGGAAGAACAGGAUGGGUCAAUGUACAUACCGAUAAGAUAUACGAAACAGAAAAAGUAAUUUAACAGAUGUAUCCCCUAAGUGGUGUUAUAGGAAUACCUCAAUGCAACAGUCAACCUUUGCCCUCAGGGAUUAACGUUGGGUCCCGGACGUCAUCAAUUCCCUUUCCGCGUCGGAAUACCUCCAAAUGCUCCAAGUUCGUACGAAAGCCAGUUCGGGGUUAUCCGAUACACAGUCAGAGUCGUCUUAAUGACAAAUUCCGAGCAGGUAAGAGAACUUGAGCAACCAUUUGUGACGCACACAGUCGACAGCAGUUGAGAUAUUUCCUUUCAUUGUGGUCUCCACCUCAUACUUUGAUGACAUUCCCAGUGCCGUCAUGCAACCAAUCGAUUACAAAGACGAAGUCGACUUUACAGUAUGUUCUCUACCUUUUGGCACGAUCCAUAUCAAAGUCAGUCUUCCAAAAACUGGGUAUCAAUUGGGAGAAGCAAGUUUUAAUUCUCAUUUUAUAAAAUUGCAUUUAGGAGAUAAAGCCAGCGAUUUAUAUAAAAAAUGGGACCAGGAAAACAAUCAAAGACUGCAACGUUCAACUUGUUCUGAAAGCACAAUUUACUGCAAUCAGUAGAUAUGAGCAUGUAAAUGACUGUAAAUUGGUGGAACAGCAAUUGGAUAACAUUCCCUUAGGCAGAGUAAAAGGUCGAUCAGAAACAGUAAGUAACUAUCAACAAAAGAGGCUUCACGACAGCCCGUACGGUAUAAGUACCUACGGGGUGUGCAAAGCCAGAGGCAUUACGGGGCAAGGCAAGUACCGAGGUUGCCGGGUCCCGGGCAAUAAAUAAUUGUACUUAUUAUAACUUAUGGCUGCUUUUGUGGUGUAAUCAUGUAAAUAAUAGAAAUGGUUGAAAAAAAAGUGUCUUCUGAGGUAGUUUAGCACGCUGAAUCCGAAAAUCACGUGAUUUUUUUCUUUUUUCUUACAUUUUUGAUUAAAUCCGGCCAUUCUCAACGUGCCAAGGCUUUCGCAACUUUGAUAACCCCAAAGUCGAUCUGGUUCCAAAACUGAAAUUAGUACUACCGCUUAGUCAAAAAUGAAAGGUUUUAGGAGAAAUGACAAUGGGUUUCAGCGUGCCAAACUACCUCAGCAUCGACAAUUUUUUCAACCAUCUCUAUUAGUUUUAAAAUUUAACAAAAUUACAUCACAAAAAGGCCCAAAAAUAAAGAAGUUAUAGCCAAUUUAAAUCGGGCCACAAAGAUGCCGCACCCUGUAUUUAUUCUCCGCGACCCUCAGAAUGAUGUAAUAUCUUUAGAACUUCAAUACCUUGAAGUUAACCAUCCCAGACUACGCGGUGCCAAGUGUUCCACCGGAUCAGUCAGAAAUGGAGCACAGUAUUAUAUCUUUAUCAUAUGUCUUGCAAUUUACUGCUCAGCCCCAAAUUGAAAUGGAAAUUCCUUUGAUGAUCACAUCACUUGGAUAUAGACAACAACCAAUGUUAUCUACCAGACUUAGUACGACAAGAGGAUCUCCGUAUAACGAAUCUCCGACGGAAUAUCUUUAA